UACAUUACAGUUACAUCCACACCACAAGAUCAGGCUUCUCUCCACCCUCAGAUUAUAAUAGGUUUUACUCUCCUUGAGAUCCGAGUCUCUCAUUUUUCAAUAAACUAACUGCGACUCUUUUGCAAAGCAAGUAAGUAGCAGCCUUCACUCACCAAACCCAAACAACUCUGAUCUCUCUCUUUCUUGGCACAUCAAUGGCAGAGUACGAGCCAACACAUCAUCAGACUCACCACCACCAUCACCACCAAGCAAUCCCAAAGGAAACCGCUCUCCAAGCAUUAAACACCAUAAUUCAACUUCACUUUGAGAAGACCCUGGAAAAGAAGAGGGCUAUAGACCUCCAAAAGAAGGAGCUCCACAAGCUUUUCCAGCUCUUCUUCAUCUUCCUGGGGCUUGUCUUCAUGGCUCAGGCUCAGUCUACUCGUCUGCAGUGCCGCCAUUGCUGGGCUCCCAUCACUCUUCUCUCGAUGUCCCAUCUCAUUUUCUAUGUCUCAGUGGCUCAGACCUUGAGGUGCAUCAAUGGGUUCAAGUACCAGAGGAGGUGCCACAAGCUGACUCUCGGGUUGGCUACUGAGAAGCUGAGAGAAAUGAAGUUGAGGAUCAACAAUGGCGAGUUUGUAGAUGGGUUUGGAGAAGAGGGUGAGUUUGAGAUUCAUUACCAGGAGCCUCCCGAGAGCUACUUUGCUAAGUUCAAGAGGAACUGGGCAUUGCAUUUUGGCUUCUUGAUCUUGAUCUAUGCCUUCAUGGUCUCUUCAUCUGUUGUUCUGCUUUGUUUUUAGGUGGUGGGUGAUCUUUGAUCAAGGUCUAUUUUUUUUUUAAAUUUAUUUUAACUGAGUAUUUUUAGGGUUAAUUUAACAUUUAAACAGGCAGGAAUGUUAAUGACAAGAACAACUGAUUGCUUUAUGUGAAUACCUUGGAUUCUUGAU